AGUAGGUCAAAUGUACACAAACCAGUUUUCAGUCGUUUGUCAGCUGCAUAAAAAAACACCAAUAUGGAUCCGUGGGCGAAUUGUCAGACAGAUGUCAUAAUUUCGGAAACUCCAGUAACUCUAAAUUUCGAGGAUAAUUUCUCACCGUGUCAAGACGACAGACUACCCGAUUCCGAAGAAUACUUGGCUGUUCUUGAGGAGAAAUUGCGCAAGAUCCGUUCGGAUCCGGACGUCCUGAAGCAGUUGGCCGCCAAGAGGGAAGCUUGUAUGCAACAACUGCUACUCGCUGACGCUCACUACGAUAGCGAAGAAACCCUCGAACUCGACGCGCCGGUCACUACUUCGCACAUUGUCCGCGCCCUAUAUCCCGAACGACAGGCCAUCAGCCAAGGCGAGGUGGUCGAACUGGUGAAGUACGAUCAACUGACUAACGACGACGAUGAUUCGGAAAAUGAUGGUAGCGUAAGCGUUGCUGAGGCAGAGGACAAUCGCUCGCCCUAGACCCCAACAACGUCUGACUAUCAGCAGUUGAACCAUGAAGCCCUUGAUGUUCCUGCUGAAUUUGGCGUGGGCGAGUCGAUUUCGGUUGCCGUUGCUCAUCACGGUCGGUUUCAUGGUUUUAGAUAUCCGCAUGACAUUGGACAUGACGGUGGA